GCACGAGCACACUGCAGGCCGCAAAUGUCACAAGUGCCCACACUCCGGGCUAUGAAUCGCCAAUAAAUCAGGCAUCUCCCCUCCUUGGUGAGGCAUGGCUACUCACAAUCAUGAUGAUGAAAAAGAAACUGCCCCGUGAGGAGCUCGACAUACAGGAUGGCAUUCACGUUGACAUCACGAAUCCCGAUGCGGAACGACGCGUGCUUCGCAAAUCCGACCUCAUAGUUCUGCCGAUGAUGUGCCUCGUGUUCUUCACACAAUACCUCGACAAGCAGAGUCUUUCUUAUGCAUCAAUCUACGGGUUACUCGAAGAUCUGAGCCUGAGCUCGACACAGUACAGCUGGCUGACGUCCUGUUUCUAUUUGGCGCAAUUGGCGUCCGAGUGGCCUUUUAUCUACCUUAUGAGCAGGUUUCCCAUUGCAAAAUUCGUGGGCUUGACUGUCAUUCUGUGGGGCGGAGUAUGCAUGUGCCUUGCUGCUCCGAAUAACUUUGCAGGCUUCGCGGCUGUUCGAUGUCUGCUCGGUUUCACCGAGGGUGCAGUCAGCCCGGCAUUCAUUACUAUCACGAGUAUAUGGUACAAGAAGGAAGAGCAUCCAAUGAGAGUGGGCAUGUGGGUCACCUGCAACGGUCUCGCCCAGAUCGUCGGCUCCCUCAUGAUGUACGGCAUUGGAGAAAAUCUUUCCCACCUCUCCAUCGCUCCCUGGCGCCUGAUGUUUCUCCUCUGUGGCGCAGUAACCAUAUUCGCUGGCAUAAUAUUCUUCCUACUCAUGCCUGCUGGGCCCGGCACAGCUUGGUUCCUCACUCCAGACGAGCGCAUCGUCGCAGCCAAACGCCUCGCGUCCCAGCAUGACGGCGGAGACAAGACUUCGUUCUCCUGGAAGCAAUUCAAAGAAGCUUGUCUCGACAUCAAAACCUUCCACGUCUUCAUGUUUGGCAUCCUGGUCACAAUGUGCUCUCCCGUCCUAACCUUUGCAAGCCUAGUAAUCAAGAAUUUGGGCUACACAUCCCCGCAAACCCUCCUCUACGGCUCUCCCUCCGGUGCAAUACAAAUCGCCUUCAUCUGGAUCGGAGUCCUCGGAUGUCUCUGGUUUCCAAAUCGACGGAGCCUCAUCGUCCUCAUUCUGUGCGUGGUACCUCUCACCGGGUGCAUUCUUCUCACCAUUCUCCCGCUCUCCGCAGGCUGGGGGAUGAUCGUUGCGAGCUGGCUUGCAUCAGUCAUCAGUUCGCAGUUCAGUAUUCUCAUGUCCCUGUCUGCGAGCAAUGUCCGCGGAAAUACUAAGAAAGCUUUCGUCAAUGCUGUAUUUUUCGUGGGUUAUAGUACGGGAUGUAUCGCGGCGCCGCACCUUUGGACGGAACCGCCGAGGUAUCGAGCGGGAGUCAUUUGUGCGUUGGUCGAUUGGGGUUUGGUGUAUGUGUUUAUUCCGAGUUAUUGGUAUUUGUGCUGGAGAGAUAAUAGAGUGCGGAACAGGUUGCAGUGUGAUGAGGCUGAGAGUAUGAGGUUUAUUGAGGGGGCCGAUGUCACGGAUAAGGAAGACAAGUCGUUUCGCUAUACGACAUGAGCCGAGGACUUCAAAUCCCACAGCUCGGUAGAGAGCGUACCAUGCUGAGAUCAAGAUGGACGGCGAAAAGGUGCUCAACAAGUAGCUCGACAGACUGGUGGGCCUCCGCAUAACACCGCCUACUUGAACCUUGAAGGAAGCAUGUUCGGCC